UUUUAUGUAGCACCUUAACGAUUUCCAUGUUUCACGGACACGUCCCUCAUUCUACAGCGCUAGCUCCCCGACAGCGGUUGACAGAAUUAUACCAACAAAAAAACAGCUCAACAAUGUCGGCGUCGGUUCUGUCUGUAAUUUCCCGGUUUCUUGAGGAAUACACCACCUCGACGCCCAAUAAGUUGAAAGUGGUGGAUGCCUAUUUGUUGUAUAUCCUGCUGACGGGAGCGCUUCAGUUCCUGUACUGUUUGCUUGUUGGAACGUUUCCCUUCAACAGCUUUCUAUCUGGCUUCAUCUCCUGUGUCGGCUCUUUCAUUCUCGCAGUGUGUCUUCGUAUCCAGAUCAACCCACAGAACAAAGGGGACUUCCUGUCCAUCUCACCGGAGAGAGCCUUUGCUGACUUCCUGGUUGCUCACACCGUCCUGCAUCUUGUUGUCAUGAACUUCAUUGGUUGAGCAGCUGUUUAUAUUUGUCUGUGGAAGGUGUGUAUUUGACACAUUCUUACAAAUUUGACGCAACAUUGACAGUGGUCCCAUAUGUCGACCGUGACUCCUGAAAAGGGAGACUUAAUUCAAGUAAAUGUUGAUUUGUUUUGGUAGAAUGUGUUUUUUUUGUUGAGAUUAAAGCAUCAAUCACCAUCUAGGCCAGGAGUCUCCCAUUUAAUGCUUAACAGCAGACCUGCCAACAUGUAUGCAUUUUUCGUACACGGCAUGCGUUGAUGGCUGCUCUUUGUGCGUUUUGUUGUGUUUCGCCGGUUUUGGCUUCCUUGUUUAGUCUCCGCUCGUAGCGUGAUAUGCAGGUCUAAACCGCGCUAAAUGGUGGGUGAGAUAUGUGGUUGCUCACAGAUUGACAUCACAUCACGCACUAAACCCUAAGAAAGAGUAGAAAUAAUAUUAAAACAGCAAAAGAGCAUAAUGUAACGAGAAAAAUCUGAAGUGUGGAUACUAAUAACCAGCCGUGUCACGACCUUGCGAGAUUAAAACAUGAGAUUUUUCGUUUUGCGAUUAAUACAUAAAUUCAAUUAAUCUAGGGCUGCAGCUCUUGACUAUUUUAGUAAUCGAGUAUUCAAACACAUGUUUUUGCUUGGUUAAAGAGCAAUUAUAAAAUGCACAAGAGAAAAUAAAACAUUUCAUGAAAUAAUGAACGACCAAUUGUUUUAAUUUUUUUUAGAUAAUCAAGCAUUUUAUUUCUUAAAUUGACAUUGUGCAUAGGAAGUGUAUUUUCUCGGGUCUGAUGGACUACCUGAUGGUGCUUUUGUAGAUGAAUCCAUCCAUCCCAGACUAACUAUUUACUGGAAAAGGAGAGAAAUAAUAAUUACUUUACUAAGACUAAAUGACAUAUUGCAUUAUGUUGAUGGCUGUGCAUUUACAAGUCCUAUUCUUUAUAAGAUACUGAGUUUUUGCAAUGUAAAAUGAAGACACCUGUAGUGGUACAUUGCUCCUUAAUCUCACUGAUUUGCGCUACGUUAAUUUUACCUUGUCUUGAUCUUCCACUCCAUUCGGGAGGAGAUGAUGCAACAUAUAAGAUGUGCUGUUGUGGUAUGUUAGCGCCGUGUUUUUUUGCAACUUUGUUGGUGAGGGUCAGAGUCCAUAUUCGAUCUUUGGUUGGAAGGGUGACAAACCUGGCCCAUAGUUAAUUUUGAAUACCUGAAAAGCAGAAAGAACAAGUAACCAUCAGCCUAAACGGUCUAUUCAUUUCAAUAAGACAUACAAGCAGCAAGGUGCCUAACUUAAAUGUCUACAGAUGGCAGUAAUGUCCAUUACAAAGUGGAUGUCACACUUUCUGUUAGAGCUGCUGGGGCACUGCCCCUCUUGGCAGUGGCGGUUUUAGAUAUGGGCCACACAUACCACUUUUUCUCUUAAUAUUACUAACUUUAUUUCUCGGGAAAUUACAGCUGUUUCUUCCAUUUUUGCAGGUUUUUUUUUUAAUUUGGUGAGAAAGCGUAUUAUUAAUAUGGACUUUAAGUCUUUGCUCUUCAUUUCCCAUUUUUGCUGUUUUUUUUUAUAAUUUUCCAAAUAUUUCCACUUUCGUCUUAAAUAAUCUUGUGUGAAUUUUCUUUUUGUAAUACUUUGACGUUAUUCCCAUAUUUUCGAAAUCUU